AUGGCCUCCAGCAAAUUACGGGAUGCUACGAGUGCUGGUCGUUCUGCUGGACGGCGCUCAGUCAAUGUAUUCCGGGAAGAUCCAAUUGUUUCGGGACCCCGCUCCAGUCGGAACCGAAAGAAGAUUGUAGAAGUUGCUACAAGCGACGAAGAGGAAAUCGACGACCAAGAAGAGGAUGAAGCCGAAGAUGAAGAUGCACCUGGAGAUGAAGAUGAUGACGCUGACGCUGAUGGCGACAUUGAUAUGGACGACAUCCAGCCUCAGGCCCCUACCAGGCGCGGUAAGAUCACUCCUCCGUCUCGUGCCAAGCCGCCCAAGAGUGUGGAGACCAAGGAGAUGGAAAUGGAAGAAGACGAAGAGGAAGAAGAAGACGAUGAUGAAGAGCCUAUUUCCGAUACGGAUGAAGACGCCGAAGCUGAGGGUGAAGAUCAGGACGAAAUUGCAGCCCCAGACGUCGCCGUUGAUGAUCUAGAUGAACUUGACGAAGAAGAUGAAAUUGAUGAGGAAAUGGAUAGUGAUGUCCUCGCCAUUCAAAGUGGCAAAACCACCAAGCGCCAGCGAGGAAAUCUAGGAAAUGAUUUCUUGCAACUUCCCAUGGAGCCUCAGGUUAAGAAGCAUUUGACCGCCGAGGAGCGUCAGAUGCGUCGUGCAGAGAUGGCGCGGCGAAGGAAAAAUCUAAGUGAGAAGCGAAAUGAAGAGGAAAAAAUGGACACUAUCAACCGACUGCUCAAGAAGCAGGCCCCCAAGCGGCGCGGUCGAGCUGCGGCGGCCGAGGCUGUUGAUGGCACCCCCGGCCAAGAGGGCGCGGAGGCCGAGAAAGCCUACCCUACCAUGUCGCGGUGGAUCAGCGGUUCAAACGGCUGCAGAGUCGCUGUGCCAGAAGAAUGGCUGGGUACACCUGCUGGAUGUGUCUUCGGCGCACCUGCCGUUCACACUGGAAAAAUGGUUGAAGAGGUUUGA